UCUCUCAGUUCAUUAUUUAUGUUUUAUGUGUAAGAGUAAGUGUGUAUACACUGAAGAUAAUUAUUAAGUAAUUGUUUAUAAAAAAAUAAAUAAUGUCUAAGUAAUUGAAGGUUUUAUCAGACGCUGACAAGUGGAAUUUAUUUUUAAUUAAUAAUUAACGUCAAAACAAUUCAAUAGUACAAUUCAUUAUUAUUAUUAUUAUAUGUAAUAUACUAGUGUGAUAUUUAAAACGUAUUGAAUUGUUGAAUACAAGUAUAUAUAUAUAUAUAUACAAAUAUAUAAAAAGUUAUAGAUUUAUUGUAGUAACAACAAAUAUGGAUAAACGUGAGCCGAGAUUGACUGAUGACGAGGAAGAAAAUGAUAAUAUUAUAAUAAAUGAAGUCGAUGGUCUACCAAACUUACAUCCUAACUAUCAGCAGCUGGAGCUUGAGCUGGAGGAAGACAGAGAUCGGACGAAUAUAAGGUCUCUUGAUGAAUUAGUACAUGAUGAAGAUUUACCCACGUCUGUUAUUGUAACAAAUGUGGAUCCACGGGUGUUUAAAUCUAAUGAACUUAAGGCUGAAAUCGAAGAAUUAUUCAAACAAUUUGGUGAGAACGCGUCGUUUCAAUAUUUCAAAUCAUUUAGAAGAAUGAGGGUGAAUUAUAAAUCACCUAGUGCUGCUGCUCAUGCUAGGAUACAGCUGCAUCAAGCUAAAUUUGGUGAUACAAAUAUUAAUUGUUAUUUUGCUCAGCCAGUUACGCCAAUAGAUCUGGAGGAUCAACAUCUUCAUCCGCCAGCGUUAACAAAACAGUUUUUAAUUUCACCUCCAGCAUCACCACCAGUCGGCUGGGAACCCAGACCUGAAGACGAGCCGUUGGUUAAUCACGAUUUAUUAGCAGCUAUUGCUAAUUUGUCACCAGGUGAAAGCCAUGAAUUACAUCCGGGUGGUUCUGGACAACCAGGAAUAAUAGUACACGUUUGUGAAAACGCAGCAACAAAUCCAUCAAACAGAGCUCCUAUACAACACACACGUUGUCCAGAGCAUUAAAUAAAUAUCAAUGGGUAAAAUGUCGUCCACGAUGGCUAUAAAUUGAUUAAAUCCAUCCACGUGAUAUGAAUAUCAUUUUUUUAAAAAUAUCAGGCAUUUGGAUAAUUAACGCGCCACAUUUAAAUGUUAAUUAUUAAAUGCUGACUACAACAAAUGAAUUCCAUAUGAUAAUUAAUGCUGUCAAAUUCUCAAAUAAAAUUUAAAUAAAAAAAAAAUGGCAACUUGUGUGAGUGGACACCUCUCAGUAUUUACAUAAGAUAAAAAAAUAAACAAAUAUUUAAAAAUAAAAUAAUUUAAAUAAUGAAAUGUCAAUUCAUCUAUAAUCUAUACUUGAUUUUUUCUUCGUUUAAAUAUUGCAGUGUCUAAAAAGAAUCUCUCUUAUGCUCAUUAUUAUAAAACUUGUAACUUAACGCUAAAGUAACAGUCAAUUUAAUGACUACUGUUCGUAAAUAGGAAUCAAACUUGCAACAAAAUAAUAAUUAAAAUAAUAUAGGCUACGGAUUUUAUUGAUAAAUAAUAAUGAGACCAAAGAUUUAAUAAUGGAAUGAAAAAAAUAUAAUAAUGCGAUGGUAUUUAAUAUAACGAUUUAUUGAUAAAUAAAAAAUUAAAAGAAAAUUAGCAUAAUACUUGAUAAGAUCUUUGAUGUUUUGUGCUUAAGGACAUUCUCAGCCAGUGCCCCCCCCCCCUAAUUUUUAAAAAUAUGCAAUGACUUUAAACUGUAUUAAAAUUUUAUUAAUUAAUUUAAAAAAAAUUACUUACAGUUGCUAUCAAUUAGGAGUCACACGAAAUUUUUUGAAUAAAUUUUCGCCUAAAAAAUUUUAAAAUUUGAAUUAUAUUGAAUUAAUUGACAUGAAGAUUUUACUGAAAUUUAUUUUUCAAAUUUCGUUUGACUCCCAAUUGAUAUCAACUGUAAUUUUUUUAAAAAUCUGCAUCUCAGCAAAAUUUUUUUUUUUUCAAUUAAUGCUUUAAUUUUUCUAAUUAAUUUAUAAAAUUUCAAUACGCUUAUGACAGUUUAUUAAAAAUUUUUUAAAAAAGUAGACACUGUCUAAGAAUGACCUCAAUUAAGGGCCAGUUUUUCAACCCGGGUUUAUUUUUGAAUUCAGGUUUGAAUUAUUGCUGAUAUAUCUAUUGUAUAUUAAUUUAAACCCAACUAAAAAUAAACCCGGUUUGAAAAACCGGGCCUAAAAUUUUGAAAAAAAAAUCAUAACGUUUUUGGCUGUAAUCAGAAACCCCAAUUAAAGGAAAUUUACUGUUACGCUUUUAAUCUCUAGCUGUAUGUAAAAAUCUACGUAAAAAAAAAAAAACAGUUUAAAUUUUGAUUAAAAAAAUAGUAGAAAAAAUUAUCAAGCUUAUGCUCAAGACAUCGAAUUGAAAAGGCUAAUUGUAUUUUAAAAAACAGUGAAAUUAUGCUGGUAUUGCAUAAUUCAUUAUAUAUUUAUUGAGAAGAAAUGAUAAAUAUAAUUGAUCCGAGUAUACUGAAAUAUAUGAAAGAUUUUGUGUAAUCAAUACAAUUGAUAUCUAAGUAUAUUCGCUAUAACUACUGCUAACUAUUGAUGAUCUACUCUUAAAAUUAUCAGUGUUGACUGUAUCUUUAAUCUAAACUGAAUCUAAAUACAAAAAGUAAAAUAAUUUAAAAUUUAAAAUAUAAUAGAUAGUUUACAAUCUAUUUAUCUACUUAAAUAGGCAUUGAUGUUAAUGUGAAUUCAAACAAAACAAAAAAAAUGUGUGAUUUGGAUGUCUGGUACAUCCUGAUAAUUUAAAUAUCUUUGAAAAAUGGAUACACUUGAAAUGUGAAAACAAAAAAUAAUAAAUUCAUGUAAUCAUAUGUAUGCAUGUGUGAAAUGUGUAAUUACAUAUUUAUUUAUGUAAAAACAUGUGAGUUGACAUGAUUAUGUACAAACAAAAAGGCGUCAUAAAUUAUUUAUUCUUGGAACAAAGACGCUGUUUUUAUUUAAAAUAAUAAAUUAUUAAAUUUAUUGUUUUCAAGUCGUUAAGAGCUGAUCCAUUUAUCUGGAUUUAUUGUUAUCAAAAAAAUUAUCGACUGUUAAAAUUAUAAUUGAAUUAAAUCAAAUAUAAAGUGUAUAAGAAAAUUAUAUUCUAUUUAUUUUUAUUCUUGACAUCCGUAAUUUUAAGGAAAUUAAUUUCAUGCUGAAAAAAUUUUUAUUUAUUAAGGGGCACUAGUGUGGCCGCCUGAAAAAAGGUCAUUUUUGGGAAUUUUUUUAAAAAAAACUACUGCCUGGAAUGUUUCAAUGUUCCAAGGAUAUAUUUAUGGAUAUAUAAUGAAUAUAUGAUUAAAUUUUUGGACCGAAAAAUUGAAAAUUCAGCGAGUUAGUCGCAAUCUCCCAAGGCUAAAAAAAGUUCCCCAUUGCUGCGAUAACGAUUUCGAGUGCAUGAAAUCAAAAAAACCAAAAAGUUUAUUAAACUAGAAGGUACUGCCCAUACUGUGACCCUCGGGCUAAGAAAAAAAAUUGAAAUUUCACAAAAUGCCGGGUAUUUAAAAAGUUUAAAAUUUCGCGCGAAAAUUUGAUGAGUUUUUGGCCUGGGAAAAUUACAUUUUCUAUUCGAUCAGAAAACUGGAGGCUUAUGGUAUUAAAAAAUAUAUAAAAGAAGCUGCAAUGAAAAUCAAAUCGAUCGGAUGAUUUCUUCGAGUUGUAACUGCAGAAAAUUUGAAAAAUUAAGUUUUGAAAACCGACUGCUCUUUAGAUGGCUGUAACUCAAAAACUAUUUGAGAUAUGCACUUGAAAUUCUAAUAUGUGUAACUAUGACCUGGUACCCGAUCAUUUCAUGAAUUUGUAUAUCUAUAUUUAGUCUAAUUUAGUAAAUAUAGAUAUAUAAAUACAUGAGUGAUCGGGUGCUGGGUCUCUUACCUCUAGACUAUCGAAAUAUACAACAAAAAAAAUCGAUUUAUUCAAAAUUCCACACUAGUCUUCUUAAGAAAAAAAUUUUGUUGAGGUUUUAAUGUUGACAAUUUUUUUAUUUAUUAAUUUAUCCAAAAUUGUUACACUUUUAUAAAUAAUGUAGGCCGUCGAUUUUACUUUAUACUUAAAAACUGACGACACUGGAAGGCCUGAGUACUGAGUUGAUAAAUUUAAUUGACUUAAAUUUAUCAAAAGUU